AACUUUUUUUUUUUUUUCUCACAACUUCCUUCCUGUUCUAACUGCCAGUGCUCAGAAGUCAGCCUUGAGAGACAGAGGCACCCAGGACGGAGACGUGAACCCCUGAAUAUCAAAAUGACUGAAAAGGCCCCAGAACCACACCUGGAGGAGGAGGAGGAGGAGCUGGAUGGCAAGCUCAAUUACAAGCCUCCACCACAGAAGUCCCUGAAGGAACUGCAGGAGAUGGACAAAGAUGAUGAAAGUCUAACUAAGUACAAGAAAACGCUCCUGGGGGACGGUCCUGUGGUAGCAGACCCAACAGCCCCCAAUGUCACUGUCACCCGUCUUACCCUGGUUUGUGAAAGUGCCCCAGGACCAAUCACCAUGGACCUCACUGGGGAUCUGGAAGCCCUCAAAAAAGAAACCUUUGUGCUAAAGGAAGGUGUUGAAUAUAGAGUCAAAAUUAACUUCAAAGUGAACAAGGAUAUUGUGUCAGGACUGAAAUAUGUUCAACACACCUACCGGACUGGGGUGAAAGUGGAUAAAGCAACAUUCAUGGUUGGCAGCUACGGGCCUCGGCCAGAGGAGUAUGAGUUUCUGACUCCAACUGAAGAGGCCCCCAAGGGCAUGCUGGCUCGAGGCACUUACCACAACAAAUCCUUCUUCACGGAUGAUGACAAGCACGACCACCUUACCUGGGAGUGGAGCCUGUCCAUCAAGAAGGACUGGACAGAAUGAGCGCCUCUGCCCGUCCCUUUCCCUACCUUUGCCGCCCAGAAGAGCCCCAUCCCUCCUCCCUGAUCACAGCUGAGCCCCUUCUCCAGCAACCUCCACCUUCUCUCAUCGCUGCGUCCUCUCCCACACUGUCUCUCACAGUGGUUCCCCGAACAAGAUGCUUAAAACCCAGGCUUUAAUCCUGCCCCACCCUUCUGAUCCCCUCUCAUAGCCAGAUCUCCCCAGUUCUCCAUCCCAACAGACAAUCAUUUAAUAUUCCCUCUUUUAUUCCCAUUCGAGCAACUAGAGGCCAGGAAAUGGGCAAACUAGCACUAACAGUCCUUUUGCCUUGGGUCCCUGUAUCUCCUUCCCAUCCCUGGAUUCUCCUGUGGUUGCUGCUCGUUCACUGAAGGUCCCUAAUCACAUUCCCUGCCAACUGGGGUUCUUCUUUACUGGGAGACACUGUAAACAGCACAAGAGUACAAGAAUAAAACAGUUGUAUGAUCAGA